AUGCCUCCUAUCCCCCCGUCCCCAACGCCGCGGAUUGUUAUCUACUAUCAAACACAACACCAUCCCGAUGGCACGCCUUGCUCCAUCCUCCCCAUUAUAACACAGCCCAACAUCGCCGUCACCCACGUUAACCUCGCCGCAAUCCACCUCAAUGACCCCCCAGGACACAUAACUCUGAACGAUCAUGUCCCUUCCGACCCCCGAUAUAUUACGCUCUGGGCUGAGCUUCAGGUUCUCCAGGCGUCAGGCGUCAAGGUCCUAGGUAUGUUGGGCGGGGCGGCCAAAGGCUCAUUUACACGGCUCGACCUCGAUGAGGCUACAUUCGAAGAAUAUUACUGUCCCCUACGAGAUCUUAUCAGACAACGCGGACUCGAUGGAUUGGAUCUAGAUGUGGAAGAGCCAAUGACUCUCGCGGGAAUAAUACGGCUAAUUGAUAGACUAAAGAGCGAUUUUGGUCAAGAUUUUAUCAUCACACUGGCGCCUGUUGCUGCUGCACUCAUAUCAGACAAUCCGGAGCAUAAUCUGAGCGGCUUCAAUUAUGAGGCGUUGGAGGUGAUGAGGGGCAAGCAGAUUGCCUGGUACAAUACACAGUUUUAUUGCGGUUGGGGCGACGUCAGCAGGACUGAUGGCUACGAUUUCAUGAUCGCAAGAGGGUAUCCAGCUGAGAAGAUUGUUAUUGGGAUGGUAACGAAUCCCGGAAAUGGCAGUGGCUGGGUCCCAUUUGAGAUGCUUCAAGAAGUUUUGAUUACUCUCAAGUCGAGAUACCCCGGGUUUGGCGGUGUUAUGGGGUGGGAAUACUUCAAUUCCCUGCCAGGUGACCGAGAAAGGCCGUGGGAAUGGUCAGAAUUCAUGACUAAAAAUCUAAGGGAUGGGUUCCCAACUGCAACUUCUGCCGCUGCGAACUCUGGUGCAAGCGCGAGUGCUCUUCAAAACAAGCAAAAUCCAUUCUUAUUCGCGGAUCAAGAUCCGAAGGCUGAGAAGGAGGAGGCUCCUCUGCCGAAACAAUUUGCUUACUACUCUGACAGCAACACCGAAGUAUAG